AUGCUUUUAGCUAAGUCUUCAAACCUUCAACCAGAGACUGCCCACGAGGAUAACUUUCCUUCGUGGACGCAAGAAGCUCCCUAUGACACCUAUGAAAAUGGAGUUGGUCCCUGUCCAGCGCUGUACAACCCCAAUCAUAGAGAGGGUCCUUAUACUGGACGAUAUGACCAUCAUCGUUCCUCAUCACCAUAUAUCCCCUGGACAGCGCACCUGUACUUUUCUCCACCCAUCAACACAUCUUCUUCGCAGGAUGUCCUCUCAAACCUGCAAGAUAAUACGCAGCAGCAGCCGGUCGGAAAUGAAUUCACUUCCUUGAACGAAUCUGUGAGUAGGAUGUCGCACCGUGAGAUGGUGCGUGAGCAGUUGGCCCAAGCACAGCAACACAAUCACCAGCCACAGUCCCAGUACUAUGAAGAAACUUCCCGGAACUAUCAAGUUUGGCCAGGCGAGCGGACCUAUGGUAUGGGAGUGCCACCGCACCUGUGGCCAGCCCUAUGGCCCAACGUCAAUCGUCCCUUCGAACCCGGCGCGUUUGAUCACCUGAGAAGCCAAAUGGGCAAUGAUGAAUCCAAACCAAAAUAA